UCUCCCAGCAGGCCUUGCAGCGGAGUUAUGUAAGUUUCUCCAUGUAAGAGGGCAGGCGAGAGAGGGGAAUUUCCCCCCUCCCCACCACCGCUUUUUUUUUUCUCCCUCCCCUCUUUUCGUCUUCCCCUCCUCCUCCUCUUCCUCCCGGACUGGAUAUCCUCGCCCUCCCCCUUGCACUUCGCGCGCACAGGUGCAAACAAGGCCCCGAUAGCCCCCCCCCCCCAGCUCCAAGCUCCAGCCUCGCCCCCACCCCCGGCAGGCAAGGCCGCCAUCCCGGGUCUGCUGCGCGGCGGCCAGACAGAGGGGCGCCAAGAUGUCUUCGGUGCAGACGUCCCGCAGACAAUGGUGCUACUUGUGCGACCUGCCCAAGAUGCCGUGGGCCAUGAUCUGGGACUUCAGCGAGGCCGUGUGCCGCGGAUGCGUCAAUUUCGAGGGCGCCGACCGCAUCGAGUUCCUCAUCGAGACGGCCAGGCAGCUCAAGAGGAACCACGUCCUGCAAGAAGGGCGCUCGCCGGGGCCCCAGGGCUCCAAACACGCCAAGGAAAGCGCCGCCGCAGGGGCCCUGGAGAGAUAUGAGCGGGGACGCCUUUCGGGCGGUGGUGGAGGAGGAGGCGACUACGCCCUCAGCCCCCGCCUGCCCAAUGGCCUGGCACGUGCUUCUGAUGAGGGCGAGGGCAGCCGGCAGAGCCCCACUGCCAGGAGGGCACUGAUCGGCCCCGUGCCACCGAGCCUGGUGCCCCAGGGGCUGAUGGGAGCCCCCCAGGGCCUGCUGGCUGCCGUGUCAGGCCUGGGGGGCCGCGCGGCCUCUCUGGCCAUGGGGUCGCCCAUCCUGGGAGAGCUGGCCAAGCCAGCGAGGGCGGCCUACGCCGACUACGAGAAGGAGAAGCAGCGCAACGCCGAGUGCCUGGCCGAGCUGAACGAGGCCAUGCGCGGCCGGGCCGAGGAGUGGCACGGCAAGCCCAAGGCGGUGCGUGAGCAGCUGCUGGCGCUGUACGGCUGUGCGCCCUUCAACGUGCGCUUCAAAAAGGACCACGCGCUGGUGGGGAGGAUCUUCGCCUUCGACGCUGCCCCCCGGCCCGGCUACGAGUACGAGAUGAAGCUGUUCACUGAGUACCCGUGCGGCUCGGGCAGCGUCUACGCCGGGGUCCUCGGAGUGGCCAAGCAGAUGUUCCAGGACUGCCUCAAGGACCCGGGCAAGGUCAUCUCGUCAGGAUACAAGUACCUGGAGUACGAGAAGCGCCACGGCACCGGAGACUGGCGGCUCCUUGGAGAGCUCUUCACCGAAGGCGUGCGCUUUUUCCGAGAGGCCCCGGCGCCCGAUGCCCUUCCCCAGCAGUUCCUGGACGGCAACUGCGCCAUGCCGCCCAGCCUCCUGCUGAGGGCCGUGCCCCCGUCGCGGGCUGUCAUGCGGAGGCGUAAGGCCUCUCCCGAGCCGGAGGGGGAGCUGGCCGGCAAGCUGACCGGCGAGGAGCAGCAGCAGAGGCAACACUGGCUGCCCCAGGGGUCGGGCGGCCUGUACCCGUCGAGCAUGGCCCACCUGCCCGCCUCGGCCGGCCAGGGUCCCUUGCCCGAAGGCUCCUUGCGGAACGACCCCUCACCCAUCACGGCCCUCAAGAAUGUGGCCGACACACUGGGGACCAAGGAAGCCAACCCGGUCCACUCCACCACCGCCCGGCAAAACAGCGCCAGCCCGGCGUCGCCCGCUGCCUCAGGGCAACACCGCCUGGUCCCGCGAAACGGUGAGCCGGGUCCAGCGACCACCACCUCCUCCUCCUCCUCUUCCUCCGGGGCCCACUCUUCUGGGGGAGUUGAGCCCAGCGGUACGCAGAGCGCCCCUGAUUCCUCGGGGGCUGCCAGCAGCGCCCCUCUGUGUUGCACCAUCUGCCAUGAGCGUCUGGAGGAUACCCACUUUGUCCAGUGCCCCUCGGUGCCCGGGCACAAGUUCUGUUUCCCUUGCUCCCGGGAUUUCAUUAAAGCCCAAGGAGCCGCGGGAGAGGUGUAUUGCCCCAGCGGUGAGAAAUGCCCCCUGGUGGGAUCCAAUGUCCCCUGGGCCUUCAUGCAGGGCGAGAUCGCCACCAUCUUAGCCGGAGACGUUAAAGUAAAAAAGGAGCGCGACCCCUGAAAAGAGAUGGGGGGCAGCCUCUGGGCCAGGGGAUGCCUGCGCACCCUUCGAAACCCUCUCCCACCCGCCGUGGCAGUGACUGGAAUUAGUAACUUAUUCCCCGCCUGACACCCUCUUCAGCCAGCCGUGGACUGGGGCGAUCAUUGUACAUAAAUCUAUUUUUUAAAUAAUAUUUCCAUAGCAAGCUUAUAUAUGAAGCCACAUCUAUGUAACCUACUACGAGGGUCUGGGAAGGGGCGGGGUGGGUGUUAAUUUGCGGGGAGGGAGGGCAGGGGAAAAGAAUAUGGCAGCGUCGGAAUCAGGGUGUCUGCGGAAGGGGGUGGGGCAAAUCCCGCACAGUUGGGAUCUCACUGUUAAUGUGUUUCAGGGACUUCCCCAGCCGCUAGGAGGCGAGUGUGAGUUCAGGACAGUCCAGCGGGUGGGGUGGGGGUGGGAGAGGCAGGACUCUGAGUAGCCACACCGCAAAGGGCUGAACCCGAUUUUCAAGCAUGUGGCAAGGUUGUGUGGUUAUCAGCUAAGGAGGUGGCUUGGGAGCUCGGUAUGAGCCUAGUGGGUGCAUGUGCCGUGUCCUACCUUACGAGCGAACCUGUGCUGCCCGAUUAUUGCUGGAGCACCUAGGAAUUGCCCUGCCACCAGACUCUCAGGCCAAUGGUCCACUUUGCCUAGCACCUUGUUGCUGAAAGGAAAUUCACAAGCAGGGCAUGAAGGCGAGAGCGUUAGGCCCCGGACUUGGUCUUCAGAGAUAGGCUCUUUGCGAAACACGGAGGGGGCAUUUUGUUUGCAUGGGUAACAGCCACGCUUUGGGGAAGGGCCGUAGCUCACCUGCUUUGCAUGCAGAAUGACCUCGCUUUCAGCAUCUGCAGGUAGGCUUGAGACUCUCCCUGCCUGAAACAGGCACUGCCAGUCCGUGUAGGCAGUAUUGAGCCCUCUGGAAUCAAGCCCCAAGUCAGGGUCUUUAGCCCACGCCUGGGUAGCUAUGAAGAUGAGUUUGCAGAAGUCCAAGUGUCCCAGACCAGUGUUUCUCAACCUUUUUUGGGCAAAGGCACACUUGUUUCAUGAAAAAAAUCACGAGGCACACCACCAUUAGAAAAUGUUAAAAAAAUUAACUCUGUGCCUAUAUUGACUAUAUAUAAAGUAAUUCUCCCACGGCACACCAGGCAACAUCUCGCGGCACACUAGUGUGCCACGGAACAAUGGUUGAGAAACACUGUCCCAGACAACACACACACACAACAGAUCUCCACUAAAACACUCCCCCCCCCCUGUGGAAUGCCUGCUGUUCCUCUCGCUCCGGGACCAAACAGCCUUGCAACCCCGAAUUUUUUGUGAGCGUCCUUUAAUCCUGGGUGCCGUGCCCCAUUUUCACCCCACCCCACCCACAGGUCUCUCCACCAGCUCAUUAGCGCCCCUCCACCCCGACUCCUCCCCGGACAUUGUGUACAUAAGGACAGUUUCUAAAUCUGUGCAGUUUUACAUAGAGUCCCAGAUUUCUGUAACUAGCCAGUUUGGACACUGUCUCAUUCUGGGCAGGAAG